GAGCCUCGGCUGGCAGACGUCAAGCUGACCGCAGCAAAGUAUUAUCGCACCUCAACAAUAAUUUAGUAUGUGCUCUCGCCUCGGCCAGUGUAGUCUGCCCUUUAAAACUCUCGCACGCGCGCUGUCCGCUCGUCUCAAUUGACCAGCUCCGUUAUCGUCGCCUAAUCCAAGUCCUCUUACUUAGCAAUGUCGGCGGGCACAGCAGCCCUGCGUCGACUCGGCCACCGUGCUUCUCCCCGCACUUCGCUCGUCUCUUCCUCCCGCCUGCAGACCCCGCGCUCUUCCUUCACCCUCGCGACUGGCAACACUGCGCUGCGAUCAGCUUCUCGCUCGUCUGUCUCUGUCCGUCAGGCCUCUCGCUUCUCAACAAUGUCGCCCCUGCAGGCUGCUCCCGUGGUGGAGCGGGAGUAUGAUCCCGAGAUCAAGGACAUGGCCGACUACAUCCACAACUACAAGGUGGAGUCGGAUCUUGCUUUUGAUACUGCCCGUCUCGUUUUCCUAGACACUCUCGGCUGCGGUUUGGAAGCUCUUCGAUUCAAAGAAUGCACCAAGCUCCUCGGCCCUGUUGUCGAAGGAACCGUUGUCCCCAACGGUACCAAGGUGCCUGGAACUCCCUAUCAGCUAGACCCCGUGAACGGUGCUUUCAACAUCGGCGCCAUCAUCCGAUGGCUCGACUACAACGACUGCUGGCUCGCCGCUGAAUGGGGCCACCCAUCCGACAACCUCGGUGGUAUCCUUGCUGUGGCAGACUGGAUCUCCCGCACCAACCGUGCCGGGGGAAACAUCGGUCAGGGCAAGGUGCUCAAGAUUCGUGACGUUCUGGAGGCCAUGAUCAAGGCCCACGAAAUCCAGGGCGUUCUGGCUCUUGAGAACUCGUUCAAUAAGGUCGGUUUGGACCAUGUUGUUCUCGUCAAGGUUGCCACCACUGCCGUUACUGCCAAGCUGCUGGGUCUCGAUGAGAAGAAGACUGCGGAUGCUAUCACCCAGGCCUGGGUUGAUGGCCAGAGCUUGCGAACAUACCGCCACUCGCCCAACACUAUGUCGAGAAAGUCCUGGGCUGCUGGUGACGCCUGCCAGCGCGCCGUCAACCUCGUGCUGAAGGUUCUCAAGGGCGAGGGCGGUGUUCCAACCGUUCUGAACGCUCCUGUCUGGGGUUUCUAUGACAAUCUCUUCAAGGGCAACAAAUUCAAGUUCCAGCGCCCAUACGGCAGCUAUGUCAUGGAGAACGUUCUCUUCAAGGUGUCGUAUCCUGCCGAGUUUCACUCUCAGACCGCCAUUGAAUGUGCUGAGAUCAUCAACAAGAAGCUUGCUGAGCUGGGCAAGUCCGCAAAGGACAUUAAGGAAAUCACAAACCGCACUCACGAAGCUUGCAUUCGCAUUAUCGACAAGCAGUUCAAGGCCAUGGACAACUUUGCCGACCGUGACCACUGCGUUCAGUACAUGGUGGCCACCAUGCUUGUCUUCAACCGCCUGACCGCCAAGGACUACGCUGAUGGUUCCGAGGCUGCCACAUCAGAGCUGCUGGAGAAUCUCCGCAAACGCAUCAAGUGCGUUGAAGACCCCCAGUUCACCACCGACUACCACGACCCAUCCAAGCGUACCAUCCCCAACGCUUUGACCGUGACCCUUAACGACGGCACCGUCCUCGACGAGGUCGUCGUCGAGGCUCCUCUAGGCCACAAGUUCCGUCGUGAGGAAGCCAAGCCCGAGAUCCUGGCCAAAUACAAGCGCCACAUCGAGGGCCACUUCGACGCUGCCCGCGUCAAGCACCUCCUGGAACUGGGCUGGAACCAGAAGGAGCUGGAAAACACCGAUGUUGACAAGUAUGUCGACUUGUACGUGACGGAUAAGAUCGCCGUCCCAUACUAAUAAACAAAAUGGAAUCUGGUAUAUGUAUGAAUUGUUCUUAUUAUAAUAGAUAGCCGCGUUGAAUGAUAUCUUAAAAUCAUAAACAAAU